AUGCGCUGGAAUCGUCAUAGUGACUUCGAUAAGCUUGUCAAAGGACAUAGAUUUAGCAACUGGGAGCAAUUUUUGUCUUCGCCUAUCGUUUUCUUAGCCACGGUUAUUUACAGAUGGGCCACAGUUAUUACAUCCCUAGAGGCCAAUAAUGUUAAUCCCCUGCUGGGCUCCAGGGCGAACUCGACAUCUCCUAUUACCGUUGUGUGCAUCUCCGAUACGCACAACAACCAGCUGGAAAUACCAGACGGUGAUAUCCUCCUACACGCCGGGGAUCUGACUCAAUCCGGUUCGAGAUCAGAAAUCCAAGCAGCUAUCGAUUGGCUGAAUACCCUUCCGCAUCAACACAAGGUUGUGAUUGCUGGUAAUCAUGACCUUUUCCUCGAUCCAUCUUGUACGAGAUCCACGUCUCUUCCACAAAGAAGCAUCGAAUGGGGCAAUGUUACAUACCUCCAGAAUAACUGUGUGACUCUAAAGUGCGUCAACCGGAAUAUUAAAGUCUACGGCAAUCCUUGGAGUCCUCGCCAGGGUAAUUGGGCUUUUCAGUACCCACGAGUUGAGAAUGUCUGGAAGGACAUGAUACCAUCGGAUAUUGACAUAUUGUUGACGCAUACGCCUCCCAAAGGUCAUCUAGAUCUGAAUUAUGGGUGUGGCUUUCUACUCCAAGAACUGUGGAAGCUGGAGAAAAGACCAAAGCUUCACGUCUUUGGUCACAUACAUGCCGGCUAUGGCCAGCAAGUCGCAUCUUUUGAUGAUUUUCAAUCACAAUUCGAAGCGAUCAUUAGAGGGAAUGCUACCGUUGUCAACUCCACCAAUCUACCUGGGGUCCGAGCGGUAUCGGUUGUUGGAGCUCGUAGCCAGUGGCUAUCUCUCGUCGUCCAGACUGUGUUCGUCUUGAGGAAGACCACUUUGCGCGCCUUGUACGAUGGAAGCGUAGCAUGA